UACAAUCUGAACCCUGGAUGACCCUUGUCAAGACUCAACCGUCAUACUCAAACAGAGGAACUCAAGGGUUUCUGCGAAAGCCGAAACUGGAGCUGUCGUCUAUGGAUUCUCUAUCUCCACAGAGGCCCCGCUCUGAAUCUGAAGCCGAAUCUGACGAUAAGGAUCGGAUCAGCUGUUUGCCCGAACAAGUUAUAGACCGUAUAUUAUCUCGAUUGACAUCUAGAGAAGCACAAGCGACUUGUGUUCUUUCCAGGAGAUGGAGGCACUUGUAUACUUCUCUUCUCACCGACCUUGAUUUCGACUGGUUGCACUUAUUGGAGAAGCAGGAAUUAAACCCCGAGUGGGUGGAAAAGAAGAGGGCGAGAUAUGUGGAAUGGGUGGACAAUGUCGUGCAUCGUCAAACUGGAGGAGAGCACUCUUUACGAAGAUUCGCGUUACGGUUUGACCUGAAUAUCUCUUACGAGUCUCGCAUCGAUCGCUGGAUUAGGUUUGCUUUGGCAAAACAAGUUAAAGUGCUUGAACUAUAUUUCAUGCCCGCGUGUUACGGGGAUUUUAAGCCUGAUUGUGACCCUAGUUGCUUGCCAUAUCUGUUAGGGCGUGAGAUACUUAUAGAUGCUGAUGUAGGGUGUUCACGGCGGGCUUCGGGUCUCGGCAACUUUGGCUCGAGCCCUUCCAUUUCUUGGCAUGUUGGCUGUAGGUAUCUUGAACAGCUCUCCUUAUUUCGAGUAAAUGUGGAAGGAGAACUCAUUGAGCAAUUGCUCGCCACUUGUCCGGUAUUAGAGAAAUUGGUUUUGGAAAAAGCUCGUGCUUUGAAAAGUUUGAGAGUUUCUGGCCAAUCACUGAAGUUGAAAUACUUGCGCAUAAGAUGUUGUGAGGAUCUUCAACUCGUCGAGAUUUAUGACACGAAUCUAGUGUCCUUCACUUACAAAGGAAUAGAAGAUGAAAUUCGAUGGUGUUUGGACGAGGUCCCCCGGCUGUCUGAGGUGUCCAUUGAAGGAUUUUUUGCGGAACGAGUGGUUUUGAUCAUGUCUCUGCUUUCAAGUCUUUCUUGUCUGCGGAUUCUUAAGCUUUCCUUUUCUAUGCCAUCCCCGGAAAGACUAUGGAUUCAUCUACGUCGAGUGCCUAAAUUAACAAACGUCAAGCAAUUGGAACUGAGAUUUGAGGUAUUUGGAGACUCGAGUCUACUUCCCUUGACUCCCGUGAUCGAGGCAUUUCCCUGCUUGCGGAGUUUUGUAGUAGAGUUGAUGUACCCGAUGGACAUGCUGUGCAGACAGAGGGAACUGAAAAGAGUUGUUGGACCUCCACAUCGAUACCUAAAGGUGGUGGAAUUUCAUAACUAUUAUGGUCGAUCUUGUGAUCUUGAACUAGUGAAUUAUUUUAUCGACAAUGCCAUUGCUCUAGAGAAGUUAGUGGUGAAUCCUUGUGAAGAAGAAUAUGUCACGGGCGGGUUGAAAAAAGUGAAGGAACCUAGAGAGCGUGCUCAGCAACAGCUCAAGGGAAACUUGCCUUCUAGAAUUGAGCUGGUGAUUAAUUAACGAAACCAGAGCAUCUUUCAUGCGGCAUCCAGAGAGCUGUUAUGGAUGGCUUUGAUUCUGCAACCUGAUCCUCUUCCCCUCUUUAAAGUUUUUUUUCGACUGCGGAUUUAUGUUUGUUUAUUAAUUAUUUGUUGCUCCUGAAUUAUAAAUUAUGUAAUGGCUCUUAUGCAUUUUUACCCAAUAUGGGAAGCAGCAAGGCCAUGAAUAAUGGAUGUUUCUGGUUUUUGGCUUAACUGCCUCUUGUGUGUUU